AUGAUGUCGGACAUGCUGCGUAGGAUACGGAUGCUCUUGAAGGAGCAUUGGAACACGUUCUCGUACUCGCUGUCGGGGCUGAUCCUACUCGUCCUAAGUCAGUCUCACCUCGACGGCGAGCAUCCCAAGGUAUCCACAGCAGCAGGCAUUGCUCUCGGCAUGGCAACGAUGUGGGUGACGACUCCCAUCCCCGUGGGCGUCACAGCGAUGCUUCCUCUGGUGCUGUACCCGAUCCUUGGCAUCCUGGACGGCAAGAGCGUCGCCAAGUGCUACUUCAGCGACACCCACUUCGUCUUUGUUGGCUCAUUUUUCCUCGCCAUCGCCGUCGAGCGAGUGAACCUUCAUCGAAGAAUCGCUUUGAAUCUCCUCCUCCUCCUCGGGGUGAAGCCCAGAAACCUCCUGUUUGGCUUCAGCUUCGCCACCUUCCUCCUCUCCACUUGUCUCUCUAACACGGCCACCGCGAUAAUGGUGAUCCCCCUUGCAAUGGCGGUUGUCGACCAGCUGGAGAGGCCGAGGGAGGAGCAGUCGUGCGACCAGGAGGUCCGUGGGGCCUCCAGCGAGCAGAAGGAGCAGCUCAGCCCUCGUGCCCCAAGUUUGAUCCCCGGCGAGUCAGGUUCGGAAGAGCUCGUGUACGAGGUGAGGGAGUCGUUGGGGGAUCGGAGUGACUCCUACCUGGGCCCCAGUUCGCUGCCUGUCAGCAGUGACGAGUUACCGCACUCGAGCGACCAGCUGCUGGGCAGUGCCGCCAGUGAGAGUGACCACUUCAGGCUGCUGCAUGGGCGGGGGGACCAGUCAGCCCACAGAGACGAGGAGGAUGAAAUCAAGCAGGGCCCUCUGGCUGUCAGGCUCCGGCGAACUCUGGCGCUGGGAGUGGCGUACAGCGCCAACAUUGGAGGAGUAGCGACUCUGAUCGGGACUCCUCCUAACCUGGUCUAUGCCGGGCAGUUCCCCAUCUUGUUCCCGCGAGGCCCCCCGGUCUCCUUCUCAAACUGGUUCUACUUCUCCGCCCCCUACAGCCUGCUCAUGUUCCUCAUCUGCUUCGCCAUCCUGAGCUUGAGCCUCAGCAAGGAGCCUCGCCCUGAAGGGGAAAGCGCGCAAGAGAAGGAGGCGAUGAGCCUGGAGACGGAGGUGCUGACUAAGGAGAAGAACUCCCUGGGGAAGAUCAGAAGGGAGGAGAUCAUCGUGAUAUCACACGGUGUCGUCCUCGUCGUGCUGUGGUUCACCAGGACUCCUGGGAUCCUCAGCGUCGGAUGGUCCCAGCUCUUUUCCAACCCGACCUACAUCACGGACGGGACGGCUGCGAUGCUCAUUUCCCUCUCCCUGUUCCUCUUCCCCAAGGACGUCGAGAGGAGAAGGCAGUCCGAGGAGGAGGAGGAUUCGAUUCAAGAUAGCCAAGACCCUCUCUAUCCCCCCAACUGCCCCUCCUCUCCCACUUCCACUCCCUUCCCCUCCGCCCCUCCUUCCUCCUCUCCUCCUCGUCGAAUCCUAGAUGCUGAGGCGAUCAAAGAAAUCCCAUGGAGUGUCGUGAUUUUGCUCGGGGGAGGAUUCGCCUUGGCGGAGGGGUCAAAGGCCUCCGGCCUUUCAUCCUGGAUGGCGAAGUCACUGAUGUCGCUGAGUGAGCUGGAGCCUCAAGUCGUCCUGCUCAUGACGAUCCUCCUCGCCUCCCUCAUGACCGAGUGCAACUCCAACGUGGCUGCCACGGCGAUGCUCCUGCCCAUCGUUGCCGAGCUCUCGGUGGGACUCAAGGUCUCCCCGAUGGCCCACAUGAUGUGCGCCACCUUCGCCUGCUCCUUCGCCUUCAUGCUCCCCAUCUCCACGCCCCCCAACGCCAUCGCCUUCGCUACCAAUGCUGUCUCAGCCCGGGACAUGCUCAAGGUUGGCUUCUUCCUCAACUCCAUCGCCUGCGUCGCCCUCACCGUGUACACCAUGUGGUUCUUCAAGCCCGUCUACGGUCACGAUCCCUUCCAGCUCCCCUGGUGGGCUGUUGAUGUCGAGGAUGACGAUAGACGAGCGGCGAUGAGCCUGUGA